AUGUCUGAGCCGCUGCCUCCCGGGGCCGGAGGAGGGGACGAGUCGGAGGCCGAGCUGUCCCAGAGCCUGGCCCGGACCAAGACGCGCUCGUAUGGCAGCACGGCGAGUGUGGCGGCCCCGCUGGCCGAGAAAUACAUCCAGCACCCGGUCACCCCGAGCGACACCCUCCGAGGCCUUGCCCUGCGCUACGGAGUCACGAUGGAGCAAAUAAAAAGGGCAAAUAAACUCUUCACAAGUGAUUGCAUAUUCCUAAGAAAAACCCUUAUUAUUCCAGUCAUAUCUGACAAAGGGUUACUAUUUAAUGGACUGAACUCAUUGGAAUCUCCUGAGAACGAAUCCAGGGAAUCAUUCACUUUGUGUGAAGAAAGCUCUACAUCUCCGAGUCCAGAGGAUAUUGAAAAUAGACCAAUUCACCCUGAGGAACUGUCUGCCAAAGACUUCUUGCAGAGACUGGAUUUGCAGAUUAAACUGUCAACGCAAGCAGCUGCUAAGACAAUACAGGAGGAUGAUAAUGGAACUGGUGAUGCGACGUACAAAGAUUAUUCUUAUGCAGAAUCCUCGUACCAGAGUCACCACUAAAUACAGAACAGAAUCCAGACCAACUGGACGGCAAGUGAUACAAUGUUGUUCCACAUAAGUUUUCGGAGUUGGAGACUUUGACUUCAUUGGCACAAACUGUGUGAUCUGUAGGUUUCUGGAGGAGGGGGAAUUCGCUUUACCUUUUGCUUAAAAUCUAUGCGACGGAAUUAUAUACCUUAGCAGAGCACUGGAAUAUGGUAAAAGGGAAAGGCAGCAUUUUACCUUGAACAUCUUCAGUGUGCAGUGUGAGCCGCUGUUAAUUUUGUGUUACCUUGUGCUUUCUCCCCCUUUUCUAUAUUGCAACAGCAGUGUGUGCUUAUUUGUUGCAGUCCUGAUCCAGAGGACCUGCUGUGAUAUGGGACUGAAAUUAGGUGUAAAGCAAUUGCAACUCUGUCGUCCCUUCUACACCUUGCAUGAAUUAAUUGUUGUGCUUUCCUACUGUUUGGCACUCGAGUGGGUUUGGGCAGAGGUAAGUAUAAUUGCUUGGAGACUGAGCUCUGCAGAAAUUAAUUAAAUUCAAACUAAAUAUGACCUUGGCUUAUGAUUUUGUACAAAGUGAGACUGAAUGGAGACUGAUCGCACAUCUAACUAAUUAUGUGGAAGUCCCGUUCAUGUAUGAUUAUGCAGAGUAGUUUUACACAUAAUAGCUGUGUUGAAGAGGUCACUUGUUCAUAAUAUCCAAUUUAAAACCAAAGGUAAUUUACAAUACCUGUCGUUCUAAGUAACAGUCUCAAUUUAGGAUGAAGAUAGUAGGAUAAUCGCAGGACGUCAUCCUUUUAAAAAGUCUAACAACAUUGUUAUUGGAAAGAAGAAUCCUAGUAUGCAGGGACAGAUGUCACACUAAGCCCCAUUAAAGCAUUUGCUUUCAAAGUGGUCAGUCUAAACAUAACUAGAAGUGUUUUAUCAAUGCAGCUAGCUUAUUGCACUGUUAAGGUAUUGCAUGGGCAAAAUCAUAAACCAUAGAACCGAUACCUUCCAUUAGAGGAGAAUUGUGGCCAUCUUGAAUAAGGAGCUGGUUGAUUGAAUAAAGGAAACUUACGUUAAAGGUAGGGAGUUAUUAGGGGUAAAUAAUUAGUCUUAUCACUGCAGUGGUGAGAAUGAUAUGAUUUCACGUUGUUGAUUUGUACCACCAUUUCGGUAUUUUGUGAGCAAUGCAGCUGUUUGUUCGAAUUCUCUCAGGUGGCUGCAAUUUUUGAUCACUCCAAUUCACAAGACUGAAUGUCAAACUGGUGUGGACGAGUUUAACGUCUCCCCAGAAAAUCAGGUUUCCCAUAAGCUUCAUACUCUGAUUCAUCAGUACUGUCUGCUGUGCCCCGGUCUUCCUUCUGUUUCCAUGCUCAUGCAUAUAUUUUUAUCACUGAAAAUGAGUUUGUUGCACUGGUUAAGGAACUAUUCUUCAUUUGAGGUGAGGAGGAAGGAAAGCACACGGUUUUCUUUGUUCCUGUGUAGUGACCUGGCUUUAGACUGUAUCACCAAAGCUGUGACGACCAAUUGGCACCAGAAGAAUACAGUAUAUCGCAACAGAAAAAUACUGAAUGGCAUGUCUUACAUUUCAAUUAACCAACUCGUUCAGCUCCUGAGUACUAAAUCCUAUUGCAGAUACAUUUUUUUUUAAAUAAUGGGAUUGUGCAGCCACUAAAAUGAUAUGGAUGACUAGUUUUAUAUAUUUUGAUGUCUGAAUUGAAAAGUGGAUUAAAUAAUGUAAGCAACACUUUCUCAAACUUCGUAAUAUCUGUUCAGAAUCUGGUUGUACCAAAGAGAUUGAGUACAGUUGUUUCCCUGGAGCAGAUUGUGGCAAUGUGCAAUGAAGAUUAGCCACGUAUUUGUGAUGGAUUACUCAGUGAUUCCUUAAUUUACAGUUACACCUUUAUAAGCAGUUACAAAACUACAAUAUCCCUUUUUAAAGCUCAUCCCCACAUAAGCUAUUAUUAUUUCCUUUUUCCUGAUUCACCUAAUUUCUAGUUGCCUUUUUUAACUAGUGCAACUAGUUGGUGCUUGUUUUAUAAGGUAACUUACUUAUGACAAUUAAUAAGGAAAGUAAAGGUCAGUUUUUGCACGCUCUUCACAUUAUCACUGCAAAUGGUGAGAUGCUGUGAUAGAGCUCCUGCAUUCACACCACUGAAAUGACACCAAAAAAAUUGUAAUGAUAUCACCUCAUAAUCCAGGUUUAAGUCUCCUCUUAGCUGCAGUCUGCAUUUAACUUUAUUUCCCUUGUUUUAUCAUGAGAGCAGUCUAUUUUAAAACAAAAGAUAGUUACCUCAACAUGUGCUAAGAAAAGGGAGAAAUGUUCAGGUCUUAGAUUUCAAACAAAGCAGCUGCACAAUAGAGGCACAAUGGAAACUAGUUUUAAGGAUAGGCAAUCUACAAAGAGUACUGGUGAUUGUCACCAAGCUGUGAACAACUGGGAAUAUUUGCUAAGGUCCCUUCACACCCAGUUUGUUCACUCUGAUUGAUUGGACAUUUUCCGUGGUAGAGCUGUUUGCUGUGCUAUUCGCUACAUGAGAUUUCUAGUCACUGCUGAAUGCAGAGUGGGAGGCAUUACUUAGUAGUGACAAGGAUUCAGUCAGAUCCUUGCUGUGGUAAUUUCAGUCCAGAAUAUUUGUUUUGUAUCGUUUAUACAUAAAUAUUAGACAAUAUUUUGAUGACAGUUCAAACAUUAAAAUGGGAAAAUGGCACAUAUUGUGUGAGGAAUAUCCAGAGUACUUCAGUUUGCCUUUCAUAUGUAAAACUCUUUCCCUAGUGAUAUCUAUUUCACUGCUGUGAGCCAUAAAAGGGAGGCAGUUUAUCUUUGACAUUUUAUCUUUGACAAGUAUAGUUAGUGAGGAAUGUGUAAAAUACUCAAUAGAAAAUAGAAACAAAAAGAAAACCUGUAAAUGCUGGAAGUCAAAUUAAAACAAAAGGUUUUGGAAAUGUCCAAAUGGAUUGAUUAUCUGAGGAAGUGAAGUUGACAUUUCAGUGGGGCUAUUAAUCAGCAACAGGAAAGUAUAUCGAGUACCUAUUGUACACAAAAUUUUGCCGAGAUUUUUGAUUUGAGUUAUUGUAUUUUCAUGUGAUAGCAUUGCACAUCAAAACUGUUAUUUGUCACAAGUUUUUUUUUCCCUUGAUAUUCAGGUUCUUAAACAUAUCCUUUGUGUGUUUUCGGUUAUGAUAAAUCCUAUUUUACUUUUCCAAAUAAAGAUCUUUUGUAUUUAUAAAUAUACUGUUAAGGAUAUUUAAGCAGGCAAAUUCAGGGGCUGGAUUUGAAAUUAUUAUAGGUAUCCAAUUGCUGGACUUCUCUCGCUGUUAAAGAUUUUUUAAAUUCAGUAUUAAAAUAUCAUUUUAACUAAUAAUUUUAUCUGAAAACAAUCUUUGUCCAAAGAUUCUGACUUUCCAUGAUUUUUAACAACGUAAUGCCACAAUAUUGUAAGAUUACUGAUGGUUAUUUUAAACAUACUCUCAAGAGCCUAUCAUUAAUACAAUCGCAUGUUAUGAAAUUGAAGAAUUUACAAUAUACCUCCUCUGUGGAUUCUUAAAUAUUAAUUUCCCCAAGUCUCAGCCUCUUUUCUUUUGUGAAUGGCAGGUGAAAUGUUUGAUUUUCAUCGUAAUACGUUCAGUUGUUUUUCAACUCCAGAAUUAACAUCAAGGAAGAUUGAAAAAAAUGUUUGAGCGUCUGAAAAUCUGCACUGUUGCAAAACUAAACUGGUUUAGAACUGUAAUGAUCUUAUUUGUUUAUGUUCAAUUUUUGAGGGAGGAUAUAUGGAAAAGAAAUCCAAAAUGCCUUUUAUUUCUGUGAAAAUAUUAUGCUAUUAAAAGUGUAUUAAUUUUUUUUUGUUUUUCUUGCCUUCUCUGACUGUUCAUAAAUUCGCUGAAGAUUGUUUUGCUUCAGAAACUAAUUUGAACAAAUAUGAUUUGGAAGAAUACAUUUACAGAUGAUGAUUCUGAACAUGUGGAGAUCUGUGACUUCAUUCUGAAGAGUCAAGUGGAGUAACUGAUGCAGUGAACUUUUUAGCGCAUGAAUUGUUUGUGUUUCAAUGUUGUGGCCUUAAAUUUUUUUUUAAAUGUACUGGCAUUGAACACUUGUUAAUAUUUCAUUUGAUGAUCUGCAAUAAAUGGAUUUUGUUAAACUUCA